CCUCGCCGCGGAAAAAUGGACGGAGACAAGACACCGCAGGCGCAGCCACAGUCGCAUGGCUUCACGGGGGAUAUGACAGACACGCCGCCGCGCGCCGAUGUCGACGAGAUCCUGCGCAGGAAACGGAAGGCCCGGGAAUACAAGGCCUGCUAUCCGUGCCGCCAGCGAAAGGUCAAGUGCGACCAGACGGUGCCAUGCAAGACGUGCGUCGUGCGCGAGCAUCCCGAGCUGUGUACCUACCACCCGCCGAGCGAGUCGCAUCCGCCGGCGAAGCGCAUCAGCAUCAGCAUGGGACUGGGCCAGAACGGCCACGACUUCAACGUCAACGGGCUGGUCCACGUCCACGGCGGGACGGUCACGUUGCCGCGCGAGGACUGGGAGCGCAUCUGCGCAAAGCUCCAGACGGCCGAGAAGUCGCUCACCGAGCUGAAGCACUCGAUCAGCAGCGUCCAGGAAGUCGCGCCCCCGCUCAACGGCUUCUCGCCGGCCACCUCGACCCCGCUGGCCGCCUCGGCGCCCAUCGACGGCGAGCAGAGCCACGUCCGCACGCAAGGCAUCCACACGCGCAACGACAUCACCGGCCAGACCAUCCACAUCGGGCCCAGCUCGGUGCCUGCGCUGGUCAUGCAGCUGGGCCGCGGCGGCGACGCGCAGUGGGCGCCGGGCCUGCAGGACCUGCUGGGCAAAAAGAGCAUGCUGCCGCUCUUCGGCCUGGACAACGAGAGCGCCACAUAUCCCUUUGUCGACCUCUGGGGCCUGCCGCACGGCUCCAUCUCUCGCGCCACAGAGCUGGCCAACGCCCUGCCGAGCGACUCCGAGUGCCUCAGCUUCUUCCGUUUCUACCGCGAGACCGCCCACGCCGUCUACCCCGCCGUCGCCGACAUCGAGGGCGUCGAGUCCGACCUCCUCCUGUUCCUCAUCAACCGUGCGAGCUCACAGAGCUCACAGAGCGGCGCCGGGGUGACGGAUCAGCAGAUAUACGGCAAGAACUUCCACUGGAUUGGACUGGUCUUCGCCAUCUUGGCCUCGGGCUGCCAGUGCUCGACGCUGUCCAGAAGAGAAAGAGAGCUCACGUCGCAGGUGUAUAUCUGCUGCAGCUUCGAGUGCCUGCGCUUCACCAAUUUCCUGUCGCACGCGAACAUCGAAAACAUACAAACGCUCCUGAUCCUCGGCAACGUCAUCUCAAACAACAUGAACGCCGGCGUUGCAUGGAGUCUUAUGGGUCUGACGGUCCGCCUCUCGCAGACGCUCGGCCUGCACCGCAUGUGCCCGCCGUCGACGCCUGUGCAGCAGAGGAUACAGCGGAGCAAGGUCUGGUGGGCCUUGUUAUGGCAGGACUCCCUACUUUCUGUCUCGUACGACAGGGCAUCCUCGACCACCACCAUCGACCACACUGUACCUCUGAGCAACCACACAGCACCCGGAACACGAACAUACGUCGAAAGCAUGUACCGUCUCUGCAAAGUCGGACUCGACAUUGUCCGUGAACGGCAAAAACCGCAAACCUCGCAAGACGCCCUGAUCCGAAUCACCGAGCACCGCAAUGAGCUCCAGGAAAUUAUGGUCGACGCAGCAGACUACCUCAAAGACUCGCGCCGUUGCCGCUCCAUGCGCGACCAACUUGAGCACUGGGCUCUCUAUCUGCACAUUUCCUACAUUACCUCCGAGCUUUGCCGCCCUGCCAUAUCCCCGACAACCGCGGGCCUCGACCUCUCCAAGACGCUAAGGAAGACGUGUAUCGAUAGUUUGACAAACACCGUUGAAGCCUUCCUCGGCCUGCAGAACAUGACGCCCUUCGCGACACGUUCGUGGGCAGCGCUCCACCGAUCGCUGAGCUGCGCCUUACUACUUGGCAUCCUCGGCGAGCACAACCGCAACGAGCGCGCGCGCGGCCUGCUGCAGAACAUCAUCCAGGUGCUGGGCGAUUUCACAAAGGAUGUCGACCCCAACGAGCUCGCAACGCCUAUCACACGGUCCGUGUCGGCGCUCGAACGGCUGCUGCGGAUCACGACAAGCGUGAACAGGAAGACGAGCGAGGCGGGCAGCCAGGCGAGUCCGACGCUGAACACGUUUACCGCGGAUGAUAUCAACGCGGCGCUGACCAACGGCGACGGGAAUGCGUUUGGCCAAAGUCCGUUGUUGGGGCUGGAUCUCGAUUCGUCGCCGUAUGCGCUGAUGGAGUCGAUCGUCUGGGGUGCACAGCAGAAAGACACAUGAAGCUCGCCCAGGAGGGAGAGACAGUCCAGUACUGCGCCGUUCAAUGCACGUUGAGUACCACCGCCAGUGUGCCAGCCGCAACGGCCAAUUGCACACCACGGCUACCCGUCACGACUUCACGGCAGUGCAGCGAAUGCGAGUGAGCAGACCGAAAAGAGGAUCCGAAGAGUGCGACUGAGCACGAGCGGAAAGGGACAAAGCGAGAGUCACAACGAAAAGAAGUAAAGCGAAGAGCGAUAUCCUUUAGCGUCGUGUUUAGAUACCCAAUGUGUAUGAAAGAAUUCCAUGAGCACAUAUCUCAU